CCGGCCGUGGGGAGCGGUGCGCGGCGGAGGGAGCGGCGGAGGGAGCGCCCAGGACAUGCAUCACUUCGAGGAAGAAUUAACGUGCUCCAUUUGCUAUAGCAUAUUUGAAGAUCCACGCGUUCUGCCCUGUUCCCAUACGUUUUGUAGGAAUUGUCUGGAAGGUGUGAUUCAGCUGUCAAGCAACUUUUCCAUUUGGAGACCCCUGCGAGUUCCUCUGAAGUGUCCUAACUGUAGGAGUAUUGUUGAAAUUCCUGCUGCUGGUACUGAAUCGUUGCCUAUCAACUUUGCACUGAAAGCCAUUAUUGAAAAAUACCAGCAGGAAGAUCACUCUGAUGUUGCAACCUGCAGCGAACACUAUAGGCAACCGCUGAACGUUUACUGUCUUUUGGAUAGAAAACUGGUGUGUGGCCAUUGCCUUACAAUAGGAAAACACAACGGUCAUCCAAUAGAUGACCUCCAAAGUGCCUACAUAAAAGAAAAGGAGUCUUCUGGAAAACUUCUCGAGCAGCUAACUGAUAAACACUGGACUGAGGUAUGUUUGCUUAUUGAAAAGCUGAAAGAACAGAAGUCCCAGUGUGAAAGCAUUGUUCAGGACGAUAAAAAAGCAGUGGUACAGUAUUUUAAGAAACUUAGCGAUACCUUGGAGCACAAAAAACAAGCUCUGCUGACUGCACUGGAUGAAAUUAACGCAUGCAUUUUGGAAGAAUAUGAGCCUCUCAUUGAGAAGUUGAAAAAAAUAAGGGAAGAACAGCUUGAAUUAAUGUCACUGAAUACAUCUAUUCAAAAAGAAGAGUCCCCACUUAUUUUUCUGGAGAAGGUGGAUCAUCUGCAUCAACGUAUAAAAGCUUUGAGACAGAAGCAACUACCGGAUGUUAAACCUGUGGAGAUUUAUCCGAGGGUUGGGCACCUGUUGAAAGAUGUGUUGUCUAAAACUGAAAUCGGUCAGAUCAACAAGAUCCUCACCCCAAACAUAAAACUGAUUCCAAAAAGGAAGUUACACAGCAAAGGCAGUGGAAAUGAAGGAAGAGAAUCUAAAGAACUCCUCCAGGCUGUAAAUCCUUUAGCAGUCCUGCUUCUUUUUAUAAUAAUAGCGGUAACUGUGUUUUCAUUUCACAAACCAGUAUCAUCAGUUGUAAUUGAAGCUACUCCUGCUUAUAUCUCUGAAUUCUUGCUGCUUAUUUAUCAAGAUUUCCGCACCCAUUUGCAGAAUAUAGUGGAUGUGCUGUGCCAUACAUUUAAUUUACUGAUGGAGUUUUUAGGGAGAAUUGUUUCUCUUUGACUAUUGCAAUGAUUAGAUUAAAAGUUAGUGUAGGAAUCCACAGGAUUUUUUUUUAAUUUCUACUUAAAAGCUGGAUUGUUAAAGCUCUACACUUUUCCUUUCUAUUUCCAUAUCCUUCCUUUUUCUGUAUUGUAUAGAUUUCCUCUUGGCUAACUCUUAGUUAACUGGGAAGAUUUGCAACAAAAAGGCUUCCUCUUCCGUUCACCCAGUACGGUAGGUUGGUACGUGUUUCUUUAAACUGGAAGCUAGUCAGAAACAAUGUCUGCCUAAGAAAGCUAUGAUCAGGUUACAAAUUGUGAUCUGGAGUCCUGUUUGUAAAAACUCCUUAAACAUCUACUAUCUUUUUUUUUUUUGAUAACAUAAUUUUAAAUUAUUUUUUUAAUAAAAGCACUACAGCAUUAAAGGUUAAAAAAACCACCUCAGGCUGCAAACUGGCUAGUCCUGGGCGGGUCAGUCACUAGCUCUGGUGUAUAUAAAACUCCUGGUUUGUGUUUUACUGACCUCUCUCUGAAUGUGUUUUAACUGAUAGACCUGUGGUCUUUAAAGCAUAUGUUCAUGGCCCUGGGUUUCAUUUUGUUUGUUCCUGGUUACUAGUGGAUGACAUUCUUUCAUCUUUUUUCUUUUUUUUUCUUUUUUUAACCUGCUUAUAACAACUUUGUGUCUUUCAAAUGGGUCUCCGCUUUACAGAGCAGUAUCUGUAGGACUUCUGGUGAAAUACUGCAUACGCUUUUUUAGUGCCAGCUGUGCACAAAUCAGGUGUUUGUUUAGUCUGGCAGGGAGCUCUCACUGCUUGCUAAAAUGAGCCCUGACUUUUUUACUAAAUCAUUUAAUAUGUAGUGAAAAUAGAUACAUACUGUAAAAAGUAGCAAAACUCCCAUUGAAGUCAGUGGUAUAAGGAUUUCAAAUGUUGUCAAGAGCUCUUAAAACAACUUGACAACGAAUGUAAAUUUCUAUUCAACUUUUCAGCACAAAUAACAGAGAUCUUUACCUUGACAUAGAGGAAACAUGAUAGCAUUUUAUUCUGCAAUCAAAUGAUCACUAACACUGUUCACUGCUUUGGAUGAGAUGUCCCAGUCUAAACUGUGCUCAGGAGUGAGAUCCCCAGUGAAAGCCAUUUUUGGCCUUCAGUUAUUAACAGGCUGAUUACAGUAAGUACUGGGAGUGCAGUUACUGCAGCACUGUAAGAGCAGUUACAACAGCAGAACACAGAUGAGCUUACAAUUCAUGAAAAAACCAAAAAUGAGUAUUCACCAUGUCUAAUUGUAUUUGACUUGAUAAAAAUAAUAGCGUAUUCUAGCAUAGCAGUAUUCCUUGGCUGUUGUAUAUUUUUAAAUAAUAAAAGUUUUAAUAGUGAUUGAAUUCUGAGGCUAGCCUUUAACUACUUGGUAUUGUAAACCCUUGUGCAAACCAGAACUUGCCCGUUGCUACCACCAGGCACUAGUGGGGUCCUGCAAAAUACCGGUUGCUGCCAGACUUCAGUGAGAGCUGAGAGCAAAGUCAGUCCUCAGAUGCGAUGCCGAUACAUUCCUUAAGCCUAACUAAAGAUCCUAAUAACAAUAUUGAUACCCUAAUAUUGCUGUAUUGAUAAAACACUGAGUCUAGCCCAGCAGCUACUGUGCAGCUCCCUUCUCUGCAGCUCGGUGGGUUUGGCUGUUUAGGUUUGGCUGUUUAGGUUUGGCUGUUUAGGUUUGACUGAGGUAGGAGCCAGCAGCGCUUCAGAGGAGCGGGCCUUUGCCUGUGUGGUAGGAGCGGUUUCUAUGAUUUGUACUUAAGUUUUCUGUAAUCUUUUAGAGUUACAAAGGCAAAUCCCAUUAAUACCACGGGUCAGGUUUUGAAACGGUGUUUAGGUGUAUCCUGGGACUGCGUAAAUGCUGUCGUAUUAAUUUCCCAAGAAAACUGGGAAUUUGGUUUUGUCUUAAGCCCUGCUAGAAGGCUGUCACUUGGCACGUAAGUCUCUCAAAACCUGGUACGAAGUGUUUGUCCACUACCACGUGAGGCUUCUUUUUUGAGUUACCUUCCUGUCUUUUAUUUUCCUGACUUUUAAAAACUUACAGAGAGUUUAUAAUGCAAUUUUAUUUUUCAAGACUACAGGAAUUUAUAAAAUGCCUUUACCACCGAUUGAAACACUUAGUACUUGUACUUAUAAUGCACUAUAUAUUUUAAUAAAUUUGCAUACAAAUAAAAUAUAUUCUUACAGUAGGAUUGGCUAACACCUUGAUUUCCUUACUGCACAGAA